CGAAUGUGAAGUAAAGGGGGCGGCGUCGACCAGCGAGGCAGCCUGUUUAUAAGCUGCGGGGAGCUGAAGCCUCUGACAGCUGCUGCUGAGCAUCGCGUGUUCACCUGUCGCCGUCUGAAGACUCCAAGUUUUCCGGAGGAGUUUGCUAACGUGAUCAAAAGGCCACUUUCAUCAUGGAUAUUACCAUUGUUAUGCUGGAUGGGACGUCCCACACCCUGACGGUGCACCCACAGGACACAGUGGGCUCUCUGAAAACACGCAUCCAGGAGAAACUCGGAGUCCCCGCACAGAGGCAGAAGCUGGUGUUUGUCAACGGCCAGAGGACACCUCUCAGCGACGACCUGAAGCCUGUCAGCGGCUACGGCUUGCGGCCUGGUUCCCAGGUGUCUCUGCUGGUGACACAGCCGGCCACCAUCCAGGUGCUCCUCAGAAACGAGAAGGGGCAGGUGAGCACCUAUGAUAUCAAACCCGACGAGACUGUGAGCGACUUCAAGAGCAAGGUCCAAUGCAGAGAGGGGGUCCCGGUGACCCAGCAGAGGCUCAUUUACCAAGGCAGGGAGAUGAUGAAUGGUAAACUUGCGGACUACAACGUCGAAGCGCUGAGCACCAUCGACCUGACGUUCCGUCUGAGAGGAGGCUGAGGACACUUCAUAUAUCAGAAAGUGAAUAAUUUGUACAUAGUUUUUUUCAAUAUAAAUGAAGUAUUUCUUAUUUAUUUGUAUUUCCAUUUCUAAAAAAAAAUCAGUGCAUUCCUCUGUGUAAUUCUGUCAUGUCUUAAAACUUGUUUUGGCUUAAUAUAUUAAUUUGUUUUGACAAUAAAAAUAUGUCAUACACACAA